ACUCCAGCAGCAGGAGCAGCGGCCCAGCCAUGGUCCAGGGGAUCAGUGGGCGCCACGAGUUCUCAGCCUUGGAGCUCGCUUCCCUAGCAAGCUUGAGCCCUUCCUAUGACUAUGGCAGCGAGAAUGACACCGACUCCUGCUGUGAGUCGCAGCCUUGCCCCCAGGACUUCAGCCUGAACUUUGACCGGGCCUUCAUGCCAGCCCUCUACAGCCUGCUCUUCGUGCUGGGGCUGCUGGGCAAUGGCGCCGUGGCCGCGGUGCUGCUGAGCCAGCGGGCGGCCCUGAGCAGCACCGACACCUUCCUGCUCCACCUGGCCGUGGCGGACAUGCUGCUGGUGCUGACCCUCCCGCUCUGGGCCGUGGACGCCGCGCUCCAGUGGGUGUUCGGCUCCGAGCUCUGCAAAGUGGCCGGCGCCCUGUUCAAUGUCAACUUCUACGCCGGGGCCCUCCUGCUGGCCUGCAUCAGCUUCGACCGCUACCUGAGCAUCGUUCACGCCAUGCAGCUCUACCGCCGCGGGCCUCCCACCCGCGUGACCUUCACGUGCGUCGCAGUCUGGGGGCUGUGUCUGCUCCUCGCCCUCCCCGACUUCAUCUUCCUGUCGGCCCACCGCGACGAGCGCCUCAACGCCACCCAUUGCCAGUAUGUCUUCCCUCAGGCGGGCCACAGGGCCCUGCGCCUCCUGCAGCUGUUGGCCGGCUUCUUGCUGCCCCUGCUCGUCAUGGCCUACUGCUAUGCCCGCAUCCUGUCCGUGCUGCUGGUCUCCAGGGGCCAGCGGCGGCUGCGAGCCAUGAGGCUGGUGGUGGUGGUCGUGGUGGCGUUUGCCCUCUGCUGGACCCCCUACCACCUGGUGGUGCUCGUGGACACCCUCAUGGACCUGGGGGCCUGGAGCCGCAACUGCAGCCGGGAAAGUCGCGUGGACGUAGCCAAGUCGGUCACCUCUGGCCUGGGCUACAUGCACUGCUGCCUCAACCCGCUGCUCUACGCCUUCGUGGGUGUCAAGUUCCGAGAGCGGAUGUGGACGCUUCUGCUGCGCCUGGGCCACCCCGGCCGGGCCGGGCCCUCGCGGCAGCCGCCGUCUUCCCGCCGGGAUUCGUCCUGGUCGGAGAUCACGGAGGCCUCCAACUCGGGCUUGUGA